AUGGACGCCUCCUCCCUCCGCAUCUCCAAGUUCGAUGGAACUAACUUCCACGCCUGGAAGUUCAAGAUGCAGAUGGUGCUGGAGGAACGGGACCUAUGGGAGGUCGUCAGCGGUGAGAUCAAGGCGGAACAGUGCGAGACUCAGUUGGACCAAGCGACGUACAAGAGGAAGUCAAGAAAGGCGAUGGCAGUGAUCUGUCUAGCCAUGGAAGAUUCCCAGCUACCGUUGGUCCGGUCGGCAAGUGGUGCAUGCGACGCAUGGUCAAGGUUGGAAGACCACUUCGAGAAGAAGAGUCUUGCCAACAAGCUGUUCUUGCGCCGUCGCUUCUUCACGACAAUGAUGGAAGAAGGCGACGAUGUGCUCGAACACAUCAACAAGCUCAAGACGCUGGCGGAACAGCUAGAAGCGGUGGGGGCUCCAGUCUGCGAGGACGAUCUGGUGAUCACACUCCUCGGCAGCCUGAGUGACUCGUAUCAAUUCUUGAUCACAGCUUUGGAGUCGCGCUCAGACACUCUUAGCUGGGAGCUCGUGACGUCUCGACUGCUUCAUGAAGAAAUGAAGCGGAAGGAGCAAGGAAGUAAAGGUGAUGAAGCUUCGCAAGGUCAAGCGUUCAUCACAAGGGACAAUCAGCGCAAAGGGCGACCAGUGAAGAAGUCCUGGCCGUGCCACAAUUGCGGAAAGAUUGGUCACUGGAUGGCGGAGUGCCCCUCGCGCAUCCAAGAAAACACGGAGAGACACCGGCCACAGCGUGCUCAAGACAGCGGCGACCGCUAUCGAUCACAACGUGCAAACGUCGCUCAAGAAGAAGACUCGGGCGACUACCUCUUUUCGAUCGGUGAAACGACAUCUGCGAAAUCGAGCGACAUCUGGCUGGUCGACUCCGGGGCGACGCAGCACAUGACGUGCUCCAAGAAGUUCAUGCGGAACUACAAGGGGUUUGACGCUGUGGAUGUCCAUCUCGCGGAUGAUGGAAUCGUCCAAGCAAUCGGCAGUGGGGACAUUGUCAUGUCGAUGAAGACACCCCAAGGGAUGAAGAAAGGUGUGCUCACAAACGUGUGGCACAUCCCAAAGUUAUCCAGAAACCUGUUCUCGGUCGGCCGCUUUGAUGAACUUUAG